GCUAGAUCCGAUAUAUAACAACAAGGAAGUGACCGAGCGACCAGCAGCAGCAGACUGCUGUCAAGAUGGCACCGAGUGGGCUGAAAGCGGUAGUAGGAGAAAAAAUCCUCAAUGGGGUUAUCAAAAGUGUGAAGAAGGAUGGAGAAUGGAAGGUUCUUAUCGUGGAUCACAUGAGCAUGCGAAUUCUGUCCUCUUGCUGCAAGAUGUCUGACAUUCUGGCAGAAGGGGUUACCAUUGUGGAGGACAUCAAUAAACGAAGGGAGCCCAUCUCUAGUCUCGAGGCUAUUUACUUGAUUUCACCCGUGGAGAAGUCAGUCCGUGCUCUCAUUAACGACUUCAAAGAUGCUGCCUUAACUUACAAAGCAGCACACAUCUUCUUCACUGAUACUUGUCCGGAUGGUCUCUUUGCUGAGAUUGGGAGAUCCAGAGUUUCCAAAGUCGUCAAGACUUUAAAAGAGAUUAAUGUUGCUUUCCUGCCGUAUGAGUCUCAGGUUUUCUCUCUGGAUGAUCCGUCCUCCAUGUUCUCCUUCUAUAGUUCUAAGCCAAAUGAAGACAAAGGGAAAAUGAUGGAAAUUCUGGCGGAGCAGAUUGCAACCCUGUGUGACACACUUAAGGAGUACCCUGCAAUCCGUUACCGCAAGGGGCCGGAGGAGAAUGCUAGACUGGCUGAAGAGGUCUACCAGCGCCUUACUGCUCACAAAGCAGACAACCCAAGCAUGGGAGAGGGUGCAGACAAGGCUCGGUCCCAGCUUCUGAUUGUCGAUCGUGGGUUUGAUCCCAUCUCACCCAUCCUACAUGAGUUGACCUUCCAGGCAAUGGCGUAUGACUUGCUAGACAUCAAACAGGACAUCUACAGUUAUCAGACAACUGGCAUUGGGGAUUCAAAUAACAGAGAAGUGUUAUUGGACGAAGAUGAUGAGCUCUGGAUCCAGCUCAGACACAUGCACAUUGCUGACGUCACUAAGAAAGUGACGGAGCUUCUUCGCUCCUUUUGUGAGAGCAAGAGAAUGUGCACUGACAAUUCCAACAUAAAAGAUCUCUCUCAGAUGUUAAAGAAGAUGCCACAGUACCAAAAGGAGCUGAGCAUGUACUCUACUCACUUGCACCUUGCCGAGGCUUGUAUGAAGAAAUUCAAGGCGUCUAUCGAUAAGCUUUGUGAAGUGGAACAGGACUUGGCAAUGGGAGCAAAUGCAGAAGGGGAACCUCUUAAGGAUGCCAUGAAGAGCAUUGUUCCUGUGCUCCUCAACAAUGAAAUUGAGGUCUAUGACAAAAUCCGCAUCAUACUGCUCUACAUAUUCUACAAGAAAAAAGGCAUUGGGGAGGAGAACCUUGCCAAGCUCAUCCAGCACGCAAACAUACAGGCCGACAGCAACAUCAUCACCAACCUGCAGAACCUGGGCUGUAACCUGAUAGCUGGGGGCCGCAAUGCAGGGAACACGCUGCCAGAUCGGAAAGAGCGCACGGAGAGCACGUACCAGCUCUCUAGAUGGACACCCAUCAUGAAAGACGUCAUGGAGAAUGCCAUAGACGACAAACUGGAUAGAAAGCAGUGGCCCUUCCUCUCUGACCCCGCUCCCAUCAACACAACUCAGACUGCAGUCAGCAGUGCACGUUUUGGACACUGGCACAAAAAUAAAUCUCCGACAGAAUAUCGCACUGGCCCUCGGCUGAUUAUAUUUGUGAUCGGUGGAGUGUCUCAAUCGGAGAUGCGCUCCGCCUAUGAAGUCACUCGAGCCACUGAUGGGAAAUGGGAAGUGCUAAUUGGGUCUUCUCACAUCCUGACUCCAACAAGCUUCCUCAAUGACCUGAAGAGUCUGGACCAAGUUCCCAAUCCUGAUAGUUAGAUAGUUCACCUGAAACAGGGAAAGAUACACUGGAAUAAGGGUUUAGUCCUGCAUUUGAGAGGCUGGUUACUUGCAUUCUGUCGCAGCAUCUUCCACGUCUGAAGUGAAGCAUGGGGAGAAAUCUUAGAUGUAGCCAUGAAUGGAAACAUUUGUGAUUCUUUGUUUUGUUUUAGAAAACUAUUUGUAUUAGUUUGUUGUAAAUGGGGUUCCGUAUGCUACUGUGAUUAAAAUUAUAUAAAAUAUUUAACUAGAUAGAAUUAAUAUUUUGAUUAUUUAACUGUUGUGAUUCAAAUUCUUAUUUUUGUUACUACAAUAUAUGAUUUCCCUAAUUUGUGUAAAAAAUUUGCAGCACUCCCACAAAACCUGACCAUCUCACACCAAAAAUCAAUCAAUAUAUUUUGACUUGACUAUAAGUCUGUAGAAGUAUGCAUCGUAUAUUCAGUGGCAAGUGUGAAGUGCCUUUUUUCCCCUCUAGGUACCUUUUUUCCCAUGUUUGUGGUCAAUUCAUCUCAGAAUGUAAUAUCUCCACUGCUGUUUUAUGAAGGCUUGAAUGUUUACCAUAUUCUUUAAUAUAUUGCUGGGAGCAAGUGUGAUGGCUGUGUUUCUUUGUUGUUGAAAAAUGAGUAAUACAAUAAACAUGAUAUCAACUUUAAA